GAGAGACGUUUGGAGUGUGAGUCCGGGGAGGAGACAAUCCACGUGUGAGCACCAUAAGAGCUCCGAACCGCCACGAGCUGCUCUGGAUUGAAGUUCUCUCCUCCCACGACAGCCGGUCAAGUCCUGAAUGUGAACAGAGAGAAACACAUCAAAAACAGCAGCCAUGAAGUUUCAAGCUCUCGUCUUCUUCCUGCUCUUCUCCUGCAUGUACCUGAGUCUGGCACAAGGCUCGUAUGACAACUGCUGCCUCGGCUAUGUCAAAGGCCUUCCAAAAGGUGCGAAGAAGAACAUUGUUGACUACAGGAUGCAGGAAACAGAUGGAGAUUGCAACAUCAGAGCCACCGUGUUUCAGAUGAGGAGGAAGCAAAGAACCGUCUGUGCUAAUCCCAACGACACCUGGGUGCAGAAGGAGAUGAACAAUGUGGACAGGAAGAAGAUGGCCAUUGUGGAAAGGACAAAAUAAGAUUAAAGAAAAAAAGGGAGAGAAACGAGAGAAGAGAGGGCCUCAUCUGUCACCUUAAACCACAUGGAUCGUGUUUCUGAAGAUUACGUUUUCCCUGUUGCUGACAGAGAAUGUAAAUCAUGUAUGCAAUUUUUCACAAUAUACACAAACAUACUGUAUUCUAUAGCCAGUAUAGCAGAAUCCAUUUAUAUGUGAGCCAUCAGUAUGAAACUGUUCACUUCUCUGUGAUGUGUAGAGCCUGCUAGGAUUGAGCCACUCUUUGGCAGCUUUGAAAUGUGAUAUAAAUGUAAGAAAAACGCUUUAGGGAUAAGCUGACAGGUUGUUUUUUUUAUACCAGAUUCUUGUAUUUUUGUAUCAGCGUUCUAAAUGUACUUUGUGUUUUCCAAAUAAAGAACAAAAUGCAAAGAAA